AUGUCCAGAAAAUCAUCACCGCCAGUAGAGUACCAUCAUGAACCUGACAGUCCUAUAUGUUUUGUCAUUGGAUUUCUCAGUAGCAAAGAAUGGUUCUUCGAACCAGUUAGCAACUUGUACAGGGAAAUGGGGUAAGUGAUUUGUAAUUUUUGGUGUUGCAAUAUUAUUUUAGUACUAUAUUAUUAAUAUACUCGACAUAAUUUAAAAUUCUGCACAGUGCUAAUUAAAAAUCCCCGCCAGUUUUCAAACUUCAAUUUUCGCGCCGUAAAGUCCUUCCACAAACUUUGUAUUCACUAUACCAUUGCCAGUUAAAAUCUUAUAAAAAUUUAAUUUUAAACUUUUUCAGUUUCGAAGUCCACGUUCAUAUCCCUAUGAUGUAUCACAAAUACAAAUUGGAGCAACUCCCAGGCAAAGCUGAAUGCUUUUUGGAUGACAUUUAUCUACCAGUCGUAACACCCAACCCCAACCGACCAGUAUUUAUCCACAGUUUCAGUCACAAUGGAGCAACAUUGGUCAACUUGUUGUGGAGACUUCUGGAUGAAGACCAGAAAGCUCAGGUUAAAGCUAUCGCUUUUGAUAGGUAAGUACCUCUUUUUAUAGUCAUUUAGUCUAUUUAAUGCGUCAUCAUGACUUUUAUACAAUAAAAAUCAACUGGCAUACUAUUAAAUACAGUAUUCUGUUCUGAAAUUACUGUGUUUAAGCUUCUGUCGUUUUUUAUGACAUUUUUAAGAGCUUUGUCAUCAUCUCCCUCUAUGUUAAUAUCAAAAGCCUAUAGCUUCUUCUGCAGAGAUGUGUUGACACUUUUGUCAUCAUGUUGAAUAUAAACUGAUUUUGCCUCCAAUAGCUUUUUAAUGAUGAUCUUACUAGAAAUUUUUAAAGAUAUUUUUAUUUAAAGUCGUAUUUUAGCGCCCCAAGUCGCUUCGCCCUGAAUCCCCUAUUCUACGUCCACACCUCCUUCUUCACCGGAUACCCAAAGAAACAACAGACGACAACACAAUGGCUAAAACAUCUCCCAUUCGCCGUACCCAGAUUCUGUUUCUGGUCACUACGUUUGGCGUUAAAACUCAAAGACAACUAUGGUGUUGAACUGGCCGAACUUGAUGAUCUACCCAAAUCUCAACUAUUCUUUUACUCUUUCGAUGAUACCAUGGUAUCUCCUCCACUUAUCGACGAGUUUGUCAUUGGUCAAGCGAGGUUUGGAAAGAAUGUUGAGAUCAAGACCUGGAAGACUGGCUUCCAUUGUGGUCAUCACAUGAAGUACAAGAAAGAAUAUGCCAAGACGACUAGAAACUUUGUGCAAAGAGUUUUGGCUGGUACUAAAGCUAUUGAAGCUAAACUAUGA